AUGAGUGAACUCCAGUUGUGCUGGACUGCAAAUAUUGAACAACUAAAACAUUUCGUGAACGAAAAUAUCAAAUUAAACGACGGCAAUUGGAUUUCGCCGGGAGGAGACAAAAAAGUAUAUAGCGAUGGUACUACAUCUAUAUCAUGGCGAAAAAGUAAGAAAAUUCUACAAAUUGAAGGUAAAGAGAAGAAACAAAUAAUAGCAAAGUUAUGCUCAUUGAUAUGUAGCGUACAGACUAACAUAGUGACAAACGAAGCUGUAGCUACAACUACACGGGACGAAAAUGGCGUCUCCCCUCUCACAACACAAAUCUUGUCUGCCGAACUUGAAGGCGCUAAACUCGACAUAACAAUUGCAGAAAGGGAUAUUCUCAUAAACAAAGAUAUUAUAAAUAAUGUUGAUAACCGCCUUAACAAAAUAAAUGCUGAAUUUGACGAUUUUAGUAAACAACUUGAAUAUUGCAAGAAAGAAAUUUAUAUGUUACGCAACGGUCAUAUGAACGGUCAUACAUAUGUUACGCAACGGAAACUACAAAAAUCACUCAAGUGA